UGUCUUGAACCUGCCUCGUCUGUCACUCCCAUCCCAGGUCUGCUGCUCCAUGGAUGCAGCGAUACACUCCAGAAGACUGACGGGGCGAGUUAUUUAGCCUAUCUUUCUGCUUUUUGGAUUAUCCAUGCAGAGCUGAAAUGUAAUCGAACUCAAAGUUGAGUCAAAGCUAAAAAAUGGGUCAUUCAAGGUGGGUCAAUUUCCUAUCCUGUUCUCUGCACUCUUCAUGAUGAGGCUGUGGGGCAGAGCCACAGUCCGGAGGAGGAAGGUGCUCUGCCUCUGGCUGCUGCUGCUCGGGUUCGCCCUGGUAACUCUAGCUCUCUCGGACCUCUUAAACCGGGACCGAGUCCACAGUCACCAGAAUCCUGUCCCUCCACGCCGACCCCUCCAGGGGAUCCCCAAUGACCUGGAGGUCAUAGUGGACUCGCGGGACCCUGCAUUAGAGCUCGGUUUGGAUCUCGCCCCGCUAAAAUCUCUGCAAGAGGACCAGCUUUUAUUUGUGCCAUCGAUGCAGGGCACCAAGAACCCACAACAGAGGAAGAGAACUUACAAGGUGCUUCUGCCCGGAGCAAAUAAGGACACCCGCACCCCUGCGCCCCCGACGCACGGUGAAAUGGGGAAAGCGGUGCAGCUGGAGGAGAGGGAAGUGGAAUCUUCUGUGGUGCAGAAGUACGGCUUCAACGAGGUGGUCAGCGAGAAGAUUUCUCUCCAUCGCAGGCUGCCCGAGGCACGCCAUCCCGAGUGUUUUGGGGAGCAGUACAGCGAGUCUCUGCCCUCUACCAGUGUUGUUAUCUGUUUCCAUGACGAGGCUUGGUCCACGCUCCUGCGCACCGUGCACAGCGUGCUGGACACGGCACCCAAACAGUACCUGCAGGAGGUUCUGUUGGUGGACGACAUGAGCCAGCACGGUCACCUGAAGAGUGUGCUAAGUGAGUAUGUGUCUCAUCUGGACGGGGUGCGUUUGAUUCGCAGCACCAAGCGCCUGGGUGUUGGAGGGUGUCGUACUCUGGGUGCUGCCAGAGCUGCAGGGGAGGUGCUGGUGUUCAUGGACUCCCACUGUGAAUGCCAGAAGGGCUGGCUGGAACCACUGCUGGAAAGAGUUGCCCAGGACAGGACCAGAGUGGUGUCCCCCAUCAUGGAUGUGAUAGACUGGCAGACCUUCCAGUACAAUGCCACCCAGUGGCCAGUCAGGGGAGUGUUUGACUGGAGACUGGACUUCUACUGGGAAUCUAAGCCUGAGCUGCAAGAAAAGGACCCAGACUCAGCGGUUCGACCUGUGCAGAGCCCCGUGUUAGGAGGCGGAGUUGUGGCUAUCGACCGACAUUUCUUCCAGAGUGUGGGAGCCUACGACCCUGGGAUGCUGCUGUGGGGAGAGGAACAAAUUGAGCUGUCUAUCAGGGUGUGGUCAUGCGGGGGCUCCUUGGAGGUGGUUCCCUGCUCCCGUGUGGCCCACCUGGACCACCACCACCUGCCUUACAGCUUUCCAGACGACGAGCUGAUCCAGAGGAACAAGAUCCGGGUCGCAGACACCUGGAUGGACGCAUACAGGAAGAUCUUCUACAGGAGAGACACACUUGCUCAUUUCAUCAGACAGUCUGAGAGCCCUAACAUCACAGAGCGUCUGCGGCUUAAGAGGAGUCUGGGCUGUAGGAACUUCCACUGGUACCUGACCACAGUUUACCCACAGCUUUACAUCCCUCAGGACAGACCUGCACUGUCAGGAGAGCUGUACAAUGUCGGCACUGGCAGCUGUGCAGACUACCCUCGAGGGCAGGGGCCAAAGGGCGGGGCCAUGAACAUAGCACCGUGCAGUGGGACAGGCAGCCAGCACUGCGAACUGAACUCUGAGUUAGAAGUGCGAUGGGGUCCAAUGGGGGCUUUGUGUUUGGACGCCAAGGAUGAGAGGGCGGUCUUAUCUCCGUGCCCCACACACCGACCAACCUCCAGCAGACUGCAGUGGAAGUUCAUAAAGCUGAGCGGUCAGCUCGUCCACCAGCAGUCCCAGCUGUGUCUGGAGGUUUUGAAGGAAGGAGGGCUCCCACAAAGCAGCCCAAAAGAAGUGAAGACAGGGGGCCUCUUCCUGCGCCCCUGCACCCAUCACCCCAGACAACAGUGGCACUUUGAGCAGCUAGUAGCUCCUAAAGGUGCCUGAUACAGAAAGUUAAGAGGGAUAUAUGGAUUUGUAUAGGAACUUCUUUCAUUUAUGUACUAUACAGAGUGGCAUAUGUAGUGAAAUGAUGCAAAAAAAAAACACAAAAAAUACCUUUUUUAUUAUUUUCUCCUCUUUGCCACUCAGCUUUUUUGUUCCUGUUUUAAGGAUUGCAAAUAAAAUGUAUUGUGUUGACUGAUUAUUAAAAUAUGAUUUAGAUACGAUUACGUUAAAACAAAGUCUUUAUUUAAAACUGCUUUUUUAUGAAUUGUAUGUAUUAUGUAUUUAUGUACAUUUGAUCAUAUAGUGUGAAAUCAUUUAUAUAACAUGAUGUUUUAGCGAUAUGUAUUUGUCCACAUACUUUUGCCGAUAUAGCUAGUUCUGCAGGACAUGUAUUAAUGUGAAGUCCCUGCAAACCCAAAUUAUUUAACAUAUUAAUUGAAAACACGUUUCCUAAAGUUUUUUUCUUUUUUUAACAAUGUUUAUGAAGUCUCUGAC